CCCCUCUGCCCUCCCCACCCCCACUACUUCCCCCUUUUGUUAAUUAAAAACUAAGAAGUCAGAAUGGGGAUGAGGUGUCCAGCUCCCGUGGAGAAAUCUUGAGGACACCACGCCGGUUCUCCCCUGCCUUCCUUCCGAGAUGGAAAGAGCUCCUAGCUCACUUAAGCCGGGGUAGGGCUGGUUCUCCUUUCCGAGCCAAAAUCCCAGGCGAUGGUGAAUUAUGAACGUGCCACACCAUGAAGCUCUUGUGGCAGGUAACUGUGCACCACACCUGGAAUGCCAUCCUGCUCCCCAUCGUCUACCUCACGGCACAAGUGUGGAUUCUGUGUGCAGCCAUCGCAGUUGCUGCCUCAGCUGGGCCCCAGAACUGCCCUUCUGUCUGCUCCUGUAGUAACCAGUUCAGCAAGGUGGUGUGCACCCGCCGGGGCCUCUCAGAGGUCCCUCAGGGUAUUCCCUCCAACACCCGGUACCUCAACCUCAUGGAAAACAACAUACAGAUGAUCCAGGCUGACACCUUCCGACACCUCCACCACCUGGAGGUCCUGCAACUGGGCAGGAACUCCAUUCGGCAGAUUGAGGUGGGGGCCUUUAAUGGCCUGGCCAGCCUCAAUACCCUGGAGCUGUUUGACAACUGGCUGACCGUCAUCCCCAGUGGGGCCUUUGAGUACCUGUCCAAGCUGCGGGAGCUCUGGCUUCGCAACAACCCCAUAGAGAGCAUCCCCUCUUAUGCCUUCAACCGAGUGCCCUCCCUCAUGAGACUGGAUUUGGGGGAGCUUAAGAAGCUGGAGUAUAUUUCUGAGGGGGCUUUUGAGGGACUAUUCAACCUCAAGUACCUGAAUUUGGGCAUGUGCAACAUUAAAGAUAUGCCCAAUCUCACCCCCCUGGUGGGGCUGGAGGAGCUGGAGAUGUCAGGGAACCACUUUCCUGAGAUCAGGCCUGGCUCCUUCCAUGGCCUAAGCUCUCUCAAGAAGCUAUGGGUCAUGAACUCACAGGUCAGCUUGAUUGAGCGGAAUGCUUUUGAUGGGCUGGCUUCACUUGUGGAACUAAACCUGGCCCACAAUAACCUCUCUUCUUUGCCCCAUGACCUCUUCACCCCGCUGAGGUACCUGGUGGAGUUGCAUCUACACCACAAUCCUUGGAACUGUGAUUGUGACAUUCUAUGGCUAGCCUGGUGGCUCCGGGAGUAUAUACCCACCAAUUCCACCUGCUGUGGCCGCUGUCAUGCUCCCAUGCACAUGCGAGGUCGCUACCUGGUAGAGGUAGACCAGGCCUCCUUCCAGUGCUCUGCCCCAUUCAUCAUGGAUGCACCUCGGGACCUCAAUAUCUCUGAGGGUCGAAUGGCGGAACUUAAAUGUCGGACUCCUCCCAUGUCUUCUGUAAAGUGGUUACUACCCAAUGGGACAGUGCUUAGCCAUGCCUCCCGCCACCCACGGAUCUCUGUUCUCAAUGAUGGCACCUUGAACUUUUCGCAUGUGCUGCUCUCAGACACUGGGGUGUACACAUGCAUGGUGACCAAUGUGGCAGGCAACUCCAAUGCCUCGGCCUACCUCAAUGUGAGCACAGCCGAGCUUAACACCUCCAACUACAGCUUCUUCACCACAGUAACAGUAGAGACCACAGAGAGCUCGCCUGAGGACACAACACGAAAGUACAAACCUGUUCCUACUACAUCUACUGGUUAUCAACCGGCAUACACCACCUCUACCACGGUGCUCAUUCAGACCACCCGUGUGCCCAAGCAGGUGGCAGUACCCGCGACAGACACCACUGACAAGAUGCAGACUAGCCUGGAUGAAGUCAUGAAGACCACUAAGAUCAUCAUUGGCUGCUUUGUGGCAGUGACGCUGCUAGCUGCCGCCAUGUUGAUUGUCUUCUAUAAACUUCGUAAGCGGCACCAGCAGCGGAGUACAGUCACAGCUGCCCGGACAGUUGAAAUUAUCCAGGUGGAUGAAGACAUCCCAGCAGCAGCAUCCACUGCAGCAACAGCAGCUCCAUCCGGUGUAUCAGGUGAGGGGGCAGUAGUGCUGCCCACAAUUCAUGACCAUAUUAACUACAACACCUACAAACCAGCACAUGGGGCCCACUGGACAGAAAACAGCCUGGGGAAUUCUCUGCACCCCACAGUCACCACUAUCUCUGAACCUUACAUAAUUCAGACCCAUACCAAGGACAAGGUACAGGAAACUCAAAUAUGACUCUCCUGCCCCCCCAAAACUUACAAGAUGCAAUAGAAUGCACACACAGACACACACACAGACACACACACACACAAAGACAGCAACUUUUGUACAGAGUGGGGAGAGACUUUUUCUUGUAUAUGCUUAUAUAUUAAAUCUAUGGGCUGGUUAAAAAAAGAUUAUAUUAAAAUUUAAAAAGAAAAAAAAUCAAAGCAAAA